AUGAACAGCUUGAAGAAGACAAGUAAAAACCUAUUAGAGUCCUUAUCUAAGGAGGACAUUGUAAAGCUCAUAAGGAAAUGCUACAUGGACAAACUGAUGUAUGGCCAUGUGAGAUGGAAGGAAUUAAAUAGAAAAGAUUUCAGCAUGCAGUAUUCGGUUAACUCCUUCAAAAACAUAUGGAGAUUCAUAAAUAGGAAUCUGAGUGCCUAUAGGGAGGAGCACGAAGUCGUAUUAAAAGAAAUCGAAGCAGAAGCUAAAGACAUAACGACCAUAAGUAGUGAUAAAAAGAAGCCUAAGAAAUUAAAUUUACUAUUCCCUUUAAAUUCUAAAGCAUCCAUAUCAAACAUAUCUCUUCUGAGAAAUUUUACUAGAGUAAAUAGUUUCUUUUUCAAAAGCUGUAGUAAUUACUAUAGCCCACUAAACAUUAUAACAACAAACAGUCCACACAAUUCUUUUUUAAAUUAUAAGAAUACGUCAAUGGGCGAUAAAGAUAAAGCCAAAGAAUUAGAAAAAGGAGUUAACUAUAUUAAAAGAAAUAUUAAGGAUAUAAAUAGAAGAAGCGAAUUUUUAGACUACUAUUUCUUGAUAAUUUCUUUAAUCCAUCAAAAUAAAAAAUAUGCUCUUUUAAAAAAAAUGCAUGAAUUGUACUAUGAAAAUAAAUUAUUAAAAUACUGUAAUAAUAUGAAUAGCACUUACAAUAAUUAUAUAUUAAAUAUUAUAAAAAAAAUACAUGAAAUCAGCUAUGUUUCAACAAAGACCUUGAAUAAAAGUAUGUGUACAAAAAGCUUAGAAAAAAAAUUUGGUAGUAGCAAAUUCGUUGAUACAAAGAAUUGCAUACUCAUUGAAAUAGAUGAACAGACAUAUCAGUUUAAAAAAGAUUUGAUUGACUAUAAAUUAUUUUAUAAUUUAUUUAAAAACAAUAUGAAUCUUAAUAAUAAUAAGGUACUCUGCUUUUUUAUUCCUUUACCGAAGAAACCUAAUCACUUGACUUUUAAAAAUGCUACCUUCUACUAUUUUGAUCAACCUGUAUAUAUUACCAACAAUUUAGAUGAAGAUCUUUACAACUACAUUUAUAUUUUGCACAAAUUUUUUCUGUCCUUUAUGUUUUGGUCUUUCUAUUUACGUUAUCAAAACAUAGAACGAAUGAAAGCUCUAUUCCUACGAGAGUUAGAAGAGGUAUAUUUCCUAUUCAACCAUAUAAAUGCAAGGACGGGGCAGGUCUUUCCUGCGAGAAGGGGAAACAACUACGAUAAGGAAAAUGGUAAGGACAGACAACUCAGCAAUGCCACAACCACUGAUAAAAAGGCUAGAAGAUUGAGUGGAGGACUGAUAACAACCUAUGGGCUCCUUUUUGAAUUCAAAAUAGGGCACAUAAUUUCCCUUUGCAUGUGUGUUAUAAAGAUGUACUCAAAAGUAAAGAGAAAAGUAGACAUAACAUAUCUUAUGGUUAUUAAAAUUUUAAAUAUGUCUAUACAUCCCAUUUUAAAAAAGAAAAUUAUUCGCUCCUACCUUUUCAACAUUCGAUUUAUUCAUUAUGUACUUUUAAAAUUGAGAUGGGUUUAUAAAAAAAGGAAAGCACAAAUUAAACAAUUAAGCGGAUAG